AACAAAAGAAGAUCGGUGCGGGUGUCGGUUCGUUCUUUAAUUAAUUGUAAUUGAUUUACAAAAGCCUCUGCAUUAUUAAUAUGCGGGCGUGUGCUUGUGACAACGUGGGAGCAUUGCUUAUGCUGCGAACUUAAUGCAAAAAUAACCAAGUGCCAGGUGAAAAUGGAUAGAACUGAAUGAUAAUGCGCUGCGUGUUUGUGAAUAUUUUAUCAAGUGCAGUGCCAACUAAUCUGCAAAAGUGAAGCCACCAGUGGGCAUGGCAUGCGAGUACUAAUCAAUUAAUAGCCUUGUGCAGCGUUCUUUCUUAUUAAUCGUAUUGUUUCUCUCACAUUUGUCUUGCUGCUAGUACGCGCCGCAUUCUUAGACAUUUUCCAACGGCUAAUGCCUUCCAAAACGGUUAGUUUAAAUGCUCAGUGAAUGUCAGUUUAGUGGCCGAUUGCCACGUCUAUUUAAUCAAUUGCAAUGCAGAAUAUCCUGUUUUUGAGUUGUGACAAAUUUUUCCCGUUUCCCUGGCAACAACAAACCCCAGUGCAUAGCAACAAUAACAAAAAAAGCAGCAAUAACAUGAACAGCUGAUGCACAGUGCUGGCUAACACUGCACUGCCCGAAUGCAACUGAGAUCGCCAUUGACGAUACGCCCCCACCCAGCCCUGACUUCAACUUACAUUUGCCAUCAUCGGGCGGUGGCACAGCUACGCAUAUUGAUAAGAAGGCUGCAAUCAGCAGUCCCAAAACUCCCCACCCAGCAGACGUCGGCGAACGUCGAAGGCGAAAAGUGCACAAAAUAUGAUCAGCAAACCCCAAAGAGUGCACCCAUCCGUAGCCCCCCGGUGGACAUGAUUCUGCCUUAAAACUGUGAUACAUUUUCUGACCCUAAACGAACCCCGUGACAAUGGUGCGACUCAAUCGACGCCUGCUGCCCAUCAAGGCGCAUUUUUUCUUCUUUAUGGCGGCCAUGGGUCCCAUACUGCCGCAACUGUCGGUUAUUGGCAAACAAAUUGGCAUACCGCCGGAUGUCAUGGGCUACAUAAUGGCCGUGCUGCCCAUACUCUACGUGCUGGCCAAGCCCCUGGUGGGCUUCCUCGCUGACUAUUUUAAGAGCCUGCGCAAGUUCAUUUUUAUGUCGUUAAUUGUAAUCAUGACACUGGCCUAUGCUGGCUUCUAUUUUCUGCCCAGCAACUCGCAUGCCAUAAGCCUGGACGAGGGCAGUGCCAGGUGGAAUGUCACCGUGCUGCAGGCUCCCACAGAAUGCGCCCAGGAAGUGCUCUCCUCGCCCGACUACUGCCAGACGGUGGUCUCCGCGGAAUGCGAUGGAUUCCAAGCGCUAAUUGUGGCGGGUCUCAAUCUCAGUCAGAAUCUGCUGCAUGGCAAUGAGAGCCACCACAUGUGCAGCCUCCACCCAGAUGGAGGAUCCCCGCUGGGAAAUCUCUCCUGCCAGUUGCAGCACACCGACAGCUGCAUUUACGGCAGUGGCAGAUUCUGGCUGUACGUCUGCCUGCUGUUCAUUGGCACCAUUGGCUUCAAUGUAACCAACUCCAUAUCGGAUGCCUGCUGCUUCGAUCUGCUGGGCGAGGACGAACAGGACAAGUACGGGGCACAGCGCGUGUGGGGCACCAUUGGCUUUGGCGCCACGGCCCUGCUGGCGGGCAUUCUCGUCGAUCUGUGGACCGCAGAUGCCGUCAAGAGUCUCACACCUGCUCUCAUCAUUAUGGCAGUGUUCAGCCUCCUCGAUCUGUUCUCCGUGUCCAAGCUGAAGCUGCCGAAGCUCGGCGGUUCCGAGUCCAUUGCGGCGGAUGUGUGGCAACUCGUGCGACAGCCACCGAUCGUCAUCUUUCUGGUGUUUGCCACCGUGGCGGGCAUCAUUGACUCGUUCAUCAUUUACUUCAUGUUCUGGCACGUGGAGCAGGUGGCCGAGGAGACCGGCUACAUGCACCAGAUCAAGCUGAUCGAGGGCCUCGUGGUGGCCGCCGAGUGCCUGGCCGGCGAGGUGCCCUUCUUCUUCUACAGCGGCAAGAUCAUCAAGAAGCUCGGCUACGUCCACUGCAUGAGCAUGUGCUUCCUGUUCUACGCGUUGCGCCUGUCGCUCAUCUCCUGGAUACCCAACCCGUGGUACCUGGUGGCCGUGGAGCUCUUCUUUCAGGGCAUCACCUACGCCCUCUGCUACACGUGCAUCGUGGCCUAUGCCUCGGCUGUGGCCCCACCAGGCACCUCCGCCACAGUGCAAGGCCUCAUGGCCGGCAUGGACGAUGGCCUGGGCUUCUCCAUUGGCUCGCUCAUCGGUGGCUUCAUGUUCAAGCGGCUGGGCGGACGCGAGAGCUUCAAGUACUUUGCCAUUGUGGCCAUUUGCACCUGUGUGGCGCACAUCCUGGUGCGGCCCCUCUCCCGCAAGCGGCAGUUUCUGCCCAAACAAGUCUACCAGCAGCCCACGGAACAGCCGCAGGACGAGGCCAAGCAUCCGCCAGCACAGGAGCUGCAGGACAUGCGUUGAGACCAAGAUUUGUAUGUAGAUUUUUUAUGUGUUUUUGUAUCGAGAAACA